UUUCCCCCAGCAGGUAAACUCCACCAUGGCGGCGAGAGGCCAUGUGCAGGAUCCUAACGACAGGAGGCUCAGACCCAUUUACGAUUACCUUGAUAAUGGCAACAAUAAAAUGGCGAUACAGCAGGCGGAUAAACUGCUGAAGAAACACAAGGACCUGCACUGUGCCAAGGUCCUAAAGGCUAUUGGCCUUCAGAGGACUGGAAAGCAGGAUGAAGCUUUCUCUUUGGCGCAGGAAGUGGCCACUCUCGAGCCCACUGACGACAACUCACUACAAGCUCUGACUAUUCUCUACCGGGAGAUGCAUCGCCCGGAGUUGGUCACCAAGCUGUAUGAAGCUGCAGUGAAGAAGGUUCCUCUCAGCGAGGAGUAUCACUCUCACCUCUUUAUGGCGUACGCUCGCGUGGGCGAGUACAAGAAGAUGCAGCAGGCAGGAAUGGCCUUGUAUAAAAUUGUCCCCAAGAACCCGUAUUACUUCUGGUCUGUCAUGAGUCUGGUGAUGCAGGCCAUCUCAGCACAAGAUGAAAAACUGGCCCAAACCAUGUUUCUGCCUCUGGCAGAACGGAUGGUGGAGAAAAUGGUGAAGGAGGAGAAGAUAGAGGCAGAAGCAGAGGUGCAGCUGUAUUUUAUGAUCCUGGAGCGCCUGGGAAAGUGUGUGGAGGCUCUCGAGGUGAUCCGGGGCCCACUUGGGGAGAAGCUGACCAGUGAGCUGCAGAGCAGAGAAAACAAGUGUAUGAUGCUCUACCAGAGACUACAGCGCUGGCCAGAGUGUAACUCCCUCGCCCACAAGCUGCUACUCAAAAAUCCUGAUGACUGGCAGUUCUAUCCUUCCUACUUCGACUCUCUCUUCCACCUGAUUGAUCAGUCGUGGAGUCCUCCAGAAGAAGGAGAACACUGUUCGGAGGGUUUGGUACAUCACACUGUGGCUGAGGUGGUGAGGUUCGUGGAGGAGAGGAUUAAAGGAGAGGACGGCAAAGACUCUCGCUCGCUCAGAGGACCCUAUUUAGCUCGUCUUGAAUUAAUACACAGACUGAGGGAACGAGGCUGUCCUGAAGAAAGCCUGCUAGGUGAGCCUUUAGAGCUCAUGGUGCAGUUCUUUGGGAAGUUUGGAGACAAACCCUGCUGCAUCACCGACCUAAAAAUAUACCUCCACCUGCUCGCUCCUGAACAACACGUGCAGUUCAUUAACCGUCUGAGUGAAGCGGUCCCACUCGGGGAGCAGGGAGACGAGGGGUUUGCUUUUCCAGAGGACACCAAAGCGCUGCAGAGGCAUCUGUGUGUGUGUCAGCUGAGUCGAGCGCUCGGGCUGCAUCACGCUCUCGACACGGACGGGAAGCUCCGGCUCAUCACGGAGCUCAAAGCUCACUAUCGUCACGGACUCAAGUUUGGAAUGAACGCUCUGAAGACGGAGCUGCAGUUCUCCGAUAUGUAUUGUCUCAUGGCAGCUCAUGUAUUCAUCGACUUAUGGAAGGAGACGGGGGAUGAGAACAUGGUGUGGCAGAGUCUGGGGGUCCUUCAGGAAGGUCUGUCUCACAGUCCCUCCAACGCCCAGUUCAAGCUGCUGCUGCUGCUCGUCUUCUGUCACCUGGGAGCCUUCGAGCCUGUAGUGGACCUCUACUCCAGCCUGGACGCCAAGCAUGUACAGCACGACACCAUAGGGUUUCUGUUAACACGUUAUGCUGAGUCAUUGGGUCAGUUCGCUGCAGCCUCCCAGUCCUGUAAUUUCUCCCUCAGGUUUUUCCACUCUAACCAGAAAGAUACCUCAGAGUAUAUCAUCCAGGCUUAUAAAUAUGGAGCAUUUGAGAAAAUCCCAGAGUUCAUUGCUCUAAGGAACAGGUUGAACCAAUCGCUGCACUUCGCCCAGGUCCGCACGGAGAGGAUGCUGCUCGACCUGUUCCUCGAGGCUGAUAUUGUGUUGAGUCUGGAGGAGAGUGUGAAGGCCAUGUCUUUGUCUCCAGAGGAGGACGACAUCCCCUGGGACAAUAUGAGGGACAACAGAGACCUCACUGUUUUUACCAGCUGGGACCCAAAAGAGAGACAGCUUACUGACGAGCAUCAGCGUCGUUCUCUAGAGGAAGAGUCGGUCUGGCUGAGGUUACGCUCUCUAACGCUUCGCCUCCUCGCCUCUCUGGCCGCGCUGGGACACACGCCGUCGCAGCAGAACUCUGAGAUGGCCAACGAGAACGGCGUGGGAGACAAGACGUCGAUCCUCAGCAGCCUGCUCUCACAGCUCAACCAGACGCUGCAGACCGCCGCUCAGAUAGCAGAGAAACACAUACAGUAUCCAUUCCUGGGCCCCCCCUCCACCCGGCUGGCUGCAGCUCUGUCCAGCGGGAGCUGUCAGUGCCAGGCUGCAGCCCUCCAGCUGUCUGUGCAGCUCCAGGAGCUGGAGACUGUCGGACUGGAUGAGUCGUCUGAGCUUCAAACCCAGAUCUGUAACAGUUUCAAAUCAUUAGUAGUUCAGCUUCAAGAAAUUCUGAAUAAAUGCAAAGGGGAUUUAUUGGAAAUGAAAGAGGGCAAAUUAAAAACCAGACCCUCCUUAUUAGAAAACCUAAUCUUCUUUGUUGAGACGGUCUGCAUAGUCUUUUGGAUGGCUAGUCACUGUGCCAAGAUCCUCCGACCACUCAAGACCAGUCUACAGAAGAAAAAGAAAAAGAAAAAGGACGCAAACACAGCUCUGCCAGCGGUGGUGUGUGGGUUCCAGGAGCUGACGGGGAGCUUGCAGGACCUGCUUACCCAGGCUUUGGAGUUUAUAAAGGGGCAAGAAACUGGCAUCACGGCCUUUAAACUGGCCGGUUUAAGCUUGGAAGGAAACACACAGGAGGAAGAGUCGUUUACGAAGACUGCUAUGGACAAGGUGCAGAGCAGCUACCUGCGCUCACUACAGGAGGUGGGAGAUCUGCUCAAGAAGAGAGCGGAAACUAUAAAGAACCUCAAGAUCUGAACACCAUCACCACACACCCCAAAUAAAGAUGACUAUCCCCCCACCAGCUGACCUACGACUCCUCCCACCCACCCACCCGAGCACACAGUCGUCUCUGACCUCCUUCCUCUUCCUGCAUUUUUCUCAACUCAGCGUUCGUGAGCUCUCAGUCUGGAUUUUUCCUUUUUUCUUUAAAACAAACACACACACACACAUACAAACACAACUCUGGAACAUUUGCAACUCUUAUAGCACACGAGCUUGUAAGUAAACUCAUGAAUUUAUACAGCAGCUAUAUGUGAAAAUGAGGGGGAAAACUACCUUUAAAAAGAAACAUAGAGCAAAUUAGGAAAAAUGAAUAAGCAGUUUUAGAUAAACUAAUCUAAUAAAUUAUUGUACAUAGUAAAGAGCAACUACCACAACUCUCCUUGACUAAAUGAGAAUAUAAGACACAAUAAACCACUAUUCUGUUUGUCACUUAGGUUUCCUCUUUUUACUCCUCACUUUGUUUUCUGGUGAGAACAAAAAACACAGACACACACACUCACACACACACACUGGGACUGUUAACACUAAGGAGGAAAGCUAUUUCAAUGUGCUGCUUUUUCAGCUGUUUCUCUCCGUCAAGAGCAAGCAGGCACAAUUUUUGCAUUGAACUGAAGCGCUCUACGGACACCUGGCCCCCCGCGGACCGAAGUUCCCCCAUUCAAGAAUCCUUUCAUCACCGUCUUUUCUUCUUCUCCUCCUUUUUUUUUUUCUUGCUUUGUGUAUGUUGUGUGUCGCUUUAAAAGUGGAACCACCUCUGUAGUUGCAGUAUUAUAAAGAGCAGUGGUGGGAUGAGUUAAAGGACAUUUUUAAAAAGACUGAAUUGUCUGCCGCUAUCGUUUCUUUUUCUUUUUUUUUUAAAUUCUGUUUAGAAGUGGUGCUUGUAAACAUGUCGACUGUGGAAUCGGGUUGUUCCAGCACACGUAUACAAACCUAAAAAACAGGCGUGGAUCAAAUAACCUGAAGCCUAUGGAAGCCCAUUACUGCCAGUGAAAAAGAAAGUAGCGAAACUUUCUCAAGAUAAUUACUUCUAAGACAAUAAUGAGUAUCUAGAAUUAAUGACUUUGCAUCUCAAUUGAAUAAGUUACUGCAAGUAUCUAAAAAUAAUGAAAUACUUUCUUAAAAUUUAGCAUCUCAAUGAGUUUGUGUCUCAAAAUUAUGACCUAGUAUCUUGAUAUAAUGGCUUGGAAUUGCAAAGUAAUGUCAGUAUCUUAAAAUGAAGUGUUAAAAUCUAGUCAGACUGACAGAGUUGUAAUUUUCAUGCCCAGGAUGUCAUGUCAUGUGUGCACCCAUGGGUGUUUUUGCUCUUGAAAUGAGCUAGAAUCAGGUGCAUUGUUAUCUUGAGGCAGCAGAAAGUGAUUUACCCCAAAAUCCUGAACUAAAGUCAGUGGUGCAGUAUUUUCCUGUUGUCGUGCGCUCACUGUGUGAAUCUGAAUUGACUUUGUGGAUGUGUAGAAGAACCCAGAAAGUUAAUUUACAUUCAGUCCUGAACAAAAACUGACGGCGUGUCUGGAGAUUUAAAAUAAUCAGUGAGUCAUAAAGGUUUUUUGCUGCAGUUUCAUGAGCUAGAGUCCGACCCGAACCUGCUCUAAAAAGAAGAAAUAAACCGCCCCAGUCUGGCCCCAACUGACUUCUGUCGGACCAAGUGAACACCCAGCCAAGGACCACAUCCUUUUCCAUCCAUCCUUUUUAGCGCACCAGGCUGCAACAGAGAUCUGUAAUCUCCAGUUAGAUCUUUUAGAGACUAGUCGGCUGUACCUGUGCAAUCAUGUGGUUCCUGUCAAAAUCACUCCUGAGCUGAGCUUUCACUUCAUGCAAGAGCAGAUCUGUUUCCUCAGCAGAAAACCACUCGCUUCUUCAGAUUAUAGAAAAAGCAACUCCUGGCUUUAUAAGAGAAUGGGAGAUUACACUCCCAAAUUCAAUUUGUGCUUUACUUUGUGCCAAAAUUCAGGCUGUUAAACUAGCAAAAGUGAGCUGGACGCCCUAAAUGCAGUUGUGAUUUACACCAUGCACGACAGAUCAUAGAAAAGGUGUCCAACAAUUUAAUAUUUUGAAAUAAUUAACAGAAUUUUCUCGUUAUUUUUGACAUAACUAGGUCAUUUCCAGCUAAGUAAGUCAUUAGUUUGCAAAUGUUUGCCAGGACAAUGACUUGCAGGAUUUUUUUUCAUCAAACGGGCAGAAAUGGUCUUCCAUAGAAACCUUUAAGACUGGAUUGAUUAUAAUUAUUUAAGACCAUGUGUGAUUAUCUUAUCAACAGAAAUGUUCACCAUGAACAAUUUGUUUUCUACUUGAAUCAUCAACCAUGUAUCACUGCAGGCUCAAAGUGAGGUAAAAUUCAUCCGUAUGCACAGGGGAAAAUACUGAUAACCUUUUUCAUGGGUAAAUAAGUACUGUAUGUAGUGACAACAUUACAAAUACAAGUGCAGAGAUUAAUAUAAAUUGCUAGAAUGCAUGUUUUUGGCUUACAGUGUUCUAGUUUAAUCCAGAGCAGAACAGCAACAGAAUAUUUGUCCACUUUGACAGAUCAGAGGCUAUUUUCUCUGUAGAAUAAUCUAUUCUGGGUUUUCCCUUCGGUCAGCUCAAACCCACAAGAGUUUGUUUCAUAGACAAACAUUGGACCUAAUUGUAAAUAAAAAGUUGAGGCAGCCUUUUCAGAGUAAAGUGUGGAAAGAUAUUAGUGUGUUUUUUUUUAAUCAGCUGCAGUAGAUACCAUGAGACUUGUCCUGUGAGACUUUUUGUCAUUCCCACCACUUCUUCUUCCUCCGGCGAACCAAAACAAUUUCAUCAGCUUCAGCAUCUUUUCAGAAAAAAAACCCCCAAGCAUCUUUUAUUAUUCUACAUAACCAAUGAGAGAGAAAGGCAGGCAUAGUUUACAAAUAAGCACUGAUGGACGACUGCAGGAAGUUUUACUAUUAUAUUAAGAAUUUGGCCGAGCAAAUGUGAAAGAGUAAAUGCUGAAUCCUCCCCAUCCUGUUAGUCUUGUAUACACAUCUGCUAAUAAAUGCCUUUUUUCCCUUCUUUUCUUUUUUUAAUGAAACAAUCGAGGCCCAUGUGUCUGAAUGGAUCCGUGGCUGCAGAGAAGAUGUUUGUGAUCUGACCACAUGUUGUUUGUUGAGGUUCAGAAUAAUGGUUGACAAUCUGGAGUGUCAUCUCACCACCCUCUUUUGUUAGAAAAUGGAAAACAGAAACACUGGAAUGUCAAAGCUUUUUUAAAUAAAAAAAGUAAAUGUGAGAAUUUG